AACCCAUCGCAUUAAACCGCCGAUUAGUCAUUUUCCUCCAUUUUUCCAAAAUUUUAAGCAGUAUGAAGUUCCUAAUUGUGGGUUUCGUUGUCUUCAGCAUACUGAGCUAUGCAACAUCUCUUUCCUGCUACGAGUGCUUAAGUGAUGACGAUGAAUCUUGCGACGAUGAACGGCUGAUAGAAUGUGACGAAAUUAGUGCUGCAGCCGGAUUGGCUAUUUUGGUUAAAUUGAAACCAACGACUCAGAUUAUCCAUCACAGUAUCAACUACAAAUGCUAUAAAUUGGUUGCCGAACGGAAUCUAUCCGACGAUCAACUGACAUUCAAGUCCUGUAUUUAUGACACAGUAGGGGUCUGCGACGGAGCUAUGUUGUAUGCCCAGCAUAAGGAGUGCUAUACGUGCGCAGAGGAUAAGUGCAAUGGGUCAGAUCGGCUGACAACUAGUGCCUAUCUGGCCGUAUUAGGGCUUCUAGGGAUUUUUUGGACAGUAGGAAAUUGAAUCACUGUAAUUGGACAAACCAUUACAUUUCUGCUUUGUUGACAAAAGCUUAACUUGACGCUGAUAAAAAAUCGGCCUUGUCCUUGAUCCUUCCAAGGGCCUCGUAGGGGUGUCAUUGGCGAAAAAAGUUAGUGUACUCUGCAUCAAAGCUUAGAACCGGUAAUAGGGCGCAAUCGUGAAUGCGA